AAACAUGGUCUUGUACCACGUGCCGGGUUCCUAUCCAGGGGCUCUUCGGCGGUAGCAUCAUCCCAAACCGCGCAGAAGAGAAUCAGAGGAUGGCGGGUGUUGUGCUUCCUUAUUUGCCUGUAACCAAACCCUCAACCGUCUUCAAAACUCCAACAUAUCCGAGUCGCAGUUCAAAUUUAAGAAUAUUUCGACAGAGCAAAAUUUCCUGCGAUUAUUCAUGCUUUGAAAUAAAAGACGUUAGCUAUCAAUCACCAGGGACCAAGGUCAAUCUUUUGAAUAGAAUAAAUUUCUCCCUUCCUGAAAAAAGCUUUGGAUUGAUUUUUGGACGGAGUGGAAGUGGGAAAACUACUCUUUUGCAGUUGAUUGCAGGGUUAAGUAAGCCAACAUCAGGCUCCAUCCAUGUUCAAAGAUAUAAUGAUGAUGGUCACCCAACUCAAUCCCCUGAAUUGUUAUUGCCUGGAAGAGUAGGUAUCGUUUUUCAGUUUCCUGAAAGGUACUUUGUUGCUGACAAUGUUCUUGAUGAAAUCAUAUUCGGGUGGCCAAGACAAAGAGGUGGUGUGCAAUUGAGAGAGCUUCUUGCUUCAAGACUCCAAAGAGCUAUGACUUCGGUUGGUCUGAAUGGAAUCUCUUUGGACAAAGAUCCACAAUCUCUAAGUGGUGGCUACAAACGUCGACUUGCCCUAGCAAUUCAAUUAGUGCAAACUCCAGACCUUUUAAUUUUGGACGAGCCUCUUGCUGGUCUUGAUUGGAAGGCCCGUGCGGAUGUUGUUAAGUUGUUGAAGAAUCUGAAGAAAGAGCUGACUUUGCUUGUUGUCAGUCAUGACCUUAGAGAGUUGGCCUCUCUUGUCGAUCAAUCCUGGAGGAUGGAGAUGGGCGGAAUAUUGAAAAGUGAACUCCUACCAAUCUGAUUUCCAGCAAGUUCUUUUCUCUACCUGAUCAAUUUAUGAUGCUAAGAGCGAGAAAUAGACAUUCUAUUUAAAGAGCAAUGUGCAAACAUAGCAUUGCAAUCCAUCACUCUGUUUCUUCACUGGAAAGCUCGCGGAGAUUGGAGAAGAUUGGGGAGGCUCUUAUUUUAUUUUCUCAAUCUUGAAUUCACACCUCACUCAUAAAUAAAGCUGCAUAUAUGUAAUACAUUAACAAAUAGCUAUAUUGACACUGAAAUGGACGAGGACUUGUUUACCUUGCUUCAAUUUUUUCUACCUCUACAGCUCCAAGACUAAGUCUUAAGGUGAAAACAAAAGGAAGAGUGAGAUAAUGUACUUAAUUAGGAUAUGGUCGAUCUACCACUGGUGACUGAAGUGACUUCCUGUUUUAUAUAAUUAGAUGCUAGGACUUGAUGAUGUUAUGUUUGAAUACGUGGGAUGAUACAUCCUUUCCAAGUGCA